AUGACUUGGGAUGAAAAACGAGUUUACGUGGAUAAUUUAGUAAAAGUUUUACAUACAAAUAGGCAAAGAGAUAGGAAAGACCCUCAAAAAUCUAAAAGAGUUAACACUUUUAUUUACUACCUAAAAAAAGGUGAAGAUAUGAUAAGAGUCUGUAAAACGUUAUUUCUUAAUACCUUCUCUAUCGGUAAAUCAUGUAUCUGGGGUUGGAAGGUUGAAGUUGGUGGAAAGAAUACUGAUGAACAAUUACCAGAAAGUACUCACAGAAAUCCAUUCGACCAAGAAAUUAAAACUUUACAGGACUUUUUAGAUGACUUACCCAAAAUGCCUUCACAUUAUUGUAGAAAAAGGACAACACAGACAUACAUACAACCAGACAUAUCAUCCAAACAGCAACUUUAUAAAAUGUAUAAAGAUUAUUGUGAGUCAAAAAACAAAAAAACACUAUCUAUUGCCACUUUUACAAAUACCCUAACCAUACAAAAAAUAGCUUUAUUCAAACCGAAGAAAGAUUUGUGUGACAUCUGUAACGGAUACAAGAUGGGCCAUAUUACUAAAGAGACUUACGAAGAGCAUGUAAAUAAAAAGAACGAAGCGAGAAUGGAAAAAGAAUCUGAUAAAGAAAAAAAGGAAUUUGUCUUUACUGCAGAUCUCCAAGCAGUGCUUUUAGCACCGCGAUCCUAUGUGUCUUCAAAUUACUACAAGACUAAGCUGUGUGUUCACAACUGGUGUAUUUAUGACAUGAAAACUAGCGAUGGGUAUUGCUUUCUAUGGAAUGAGGCCGAAGGUGGGCUUAAUUCUGAUGAGUUUGCAACGAUUUUAACCAAUUUCUUUAUGAAUAAAGUGGUCCCAAAAAUGGGAGAUAACAACAGAUUCAUAACUUUGUACACGGAUGGGUGUACGUAUCAAAAUAGAAACGUUACUUUAAGCAAUGCUCUCCUCAACAUAGCUAUGCUGAAUAAUGUUACAAUUGAGCAAAAAUAUUUGGAACUAGGCCACACCCAAAUGGAGGUUGACAGUAUGCACGCAAUGAUUGAAAAAAAAACUAAAAAAUCAAGUAAUUAA